UGGUGGGUGGGAGGUGCGAAUUUUUGGGCUUUCCUCUACUCUCAGACUCUUUUUCUCUCCUAAAAACACAUACAGACACCAUUUUCUUUCUUUCUUUGUUUCUCUGAUUCUCUCAUUCCCUCGAUCUGUAAGUUAUGUUGGUUUUUUUUUAUUGAUUUUUUUUUUGACGAAAAUGCGUUGGAUUGAAGCGGGGAAAAGGGAGGAGAAAUCUGCGAUGUUUGGUUGAUUUUUGUGGCUGUGGGAAUUGCAAGGGGGAGCUCAGGAACCCUAGAUCUUGUUUUGGUUUUGGGUUUUGAGGCGUCGGGCUCUGGAUCUCGGGUUUUUUGGGAGGAUUCGAGCUCCAAUUUCGAGGAUUUUGGUAAAUUAUAGGGAUUUGAGGGGUGGAAGUUUGGAUUUUGUUGCGGGGAUUAGGUUAGAUGGCUUCGAAUCCUCCUCCAUUUCAGGUGGAGGAUACGGAUGAGGAUUUCUUUGAUAAAUUGGUCGAAGAUGACCUCGAACCGCCGUCGUCGUCGGCGGCCGCGGCGGUGGCGGGACCCAAUUUGAAUGAGGGAAGUGAUUCCGACGACGCCAAGGCGUUUGCCAAUCUGAGCGUUGGUGAUUCUGCGGCUGUAGCGGCGGAUUCCGGUGCCGGAAAGAAAGAGGAGAAGGGCGGUGUGGAUUUGGAUGCCGGAGAGGCGGAUGCGGUUGGGGUUGGUAAUGUGGUUGAGUCGAGUAAUGUGAUCAAUGGUUCGGCGGAGGGGGCGGUGGAGUCCAGCAAUGAUGGGGCGGGUGCCGAAUUGAAGCCGGAUUCAGAUUCGGUGGUGAGCAAGAGUAAUGAUUCCGGGGUUUCGGGGGUUAAGGAGGUGGAUUGGGGUUUGUUUUAUGCCAAUUCGGCUCAGAAUGGGAUCCAUGGCUUUGGAUCCUACUCGGAUUUUUUCAAUGAGUUGGGGGAUGGCACUGGGGAUUUUCCCGCCAAAGUGGAACACAAUGUGGUAUCCGGCAGUGAAGACUAUGCAGCCAACAGUUUGACUGCGCAACCAAAUGUGAUAUCCGGCGGUGCAGAUUAUACAGGCAAUGGUUUGAGCAAUUCGGUUAAUAAUAGCCAGCAGUAUCAAGAGGUUCAAGCUUAUGGAGCCUCUGGGGAAGAAAGCAAAAACGAGCCGGAUGUAAACAGUACCGAGUAUUGGGACACUCUGUAUCCUGGGUGGAAGUAUGACCCCAACACAGGGCAAUGGUACGAGGUGGACAGUUUCGAUGGAGCUGCUAAUUGGACCACCGUUACUGAUACUAAACAGGAGAUUUCGUAUUUGCAGCAAACAGCUCACUCUGCUGCCGGAACUGUGACUGAAGCUAGCACUACUGGUUGUUUGUCUAGCUGGGAACAGGUCUCACAAGGGACUAAUGGGUACCCGGAACAUAUGGUUUUUUAUCCUGAUCACCCUGAUUGGUACUACGACACAAUUGCCCAGGAGUGGCGUUCAUUGGAAGCAUAUAAUGCUUCUAUGCAACCCACGGCCACAACGGCAGCUCAGGCCCAGAAUGAGAAUAGUUUAUAUCAUGAGUAUGGACAAGCUGAAAAUUAUGGGUCACAAGGUGUCAGUAACCAAGGUCAAGAGGGUAGCUGGUCUCAGUCUUAUAAUAAUUACAAUCAGCAAGUUUCAAAUAUGUGGCAACCUGAGGCUGUAGCUACCAGCGAGUCUUUUCCAAGUUUUGGUGGAAACCAACAGUUGGGUAAUUCAUUAGCUUCUAUGGUUAACAAGGAUCAGCAGAAGUUCGGAGCAGUUCCUUUGUAUAACAAAGCAAGUCAGGGUCAUGGUGAGGCUAAUGGGACUGUUGGGUUCCAAAGUUUUGCCCCAGGUGGAAACUUUAACCAGCAGUUUAAUCAAGGAAAUGCAAAGCAGAAUGAACAAACCCAAUUUUCAGAGGAUUACUAUGGCAGUCAGAAACCUGUAAAUUAUUCGCAACAAUCUUUCCAGAGUGGCAAUCAGUUUACAUAUGCUCCAACUGUUGGAAGAUCUUCUGCCGGGCGUCCUCCACAUGCCCUAGUAACUUUUGGAUUUGGUGGAAAACUCAUUGUGAUGAAGGACAGUAGUAAUCUUGGGAACUCUUCCUAUGGAAGCCAGGAUCCUGUAGCGGGCUCAGUUUCUGUUCUGAACUUGACAGAAGUUUUCAUGCAAAAGCCUGAUGCUUCAAGUUUUGGAAUGACUACUUGUGAUUAUUUUCGUGCCUUGUGCCAACAGUCCUUUCCAGGGCCGUUGGUUGGAGGGAAUGUUGGAAGUAAAGAGUUGAACAAAUGGAUUGAUGAAAGGAUUGCUUACUGUGAAUCACCCGACAUGGACUAUAGGAAAGGAAAAGUAUUGAGGUUACUAAUUUCUUUGCUUAAGAUAGCUUGUCAACACUAUGGAAAACUCCGAUCUCCUUUUGGUACCGACACUCUAUCCAAGGAAAAUGAUAUUCCAGAAUCCGCAGUUGCUAAGCUUUUUGCAUCUGCAAAGAGCAAUGGUGCACAGCUCGGUGAGUAUAAUGCUCUUAGCCACUGUGUGCAGAACAUCCCUUCAGAAGGACAAAUAGAGGCAACUGCUUCUGAAGUACAAAAUCUACUGGUUUCUGGUAGAAAGAAAGAGGCUUUACAAUGUGCACAGGCAGGUCAAUUGUGGGGGCCAGCGCUUGUUCUUGCUUCACAGCUUGGCGAACAGUUAUAUGUUGAUACUGUUAAGCAGAUGGCAGUAUGCCAGUUAAUUCCAGGAUCACCUUUGCGAACAUUAUGCCUGCUAAUUGCAGGCCAACCUGCGGAAGUGUUUUCUGCUGACACUACAUCUGAAAUCAGUGUUCCUGGUGCUGUUAAUAUGCCUCAACAGCCUGUGCAGUUUGGUUCAAAUACAAUGCUUGAUGAUUGGGAGGAGAAUUUAGCUGUGAUAACUGCAAACAGAACGAAAGAUGAUGAACUGGUAAUCAUUCAUCUUGGAGAUACCUUGUGGAAGGAUAGGAGUGAGAUUACUGCAGCACACAUCUGCUAUUUAAUUGCAGAAGCAAAUUUUGAGUCAUACUCAGAUACUGCAAGACUAUGUCUAAUUGGAGCAGAUCACUGGAAAUUGCCUCGAACAUAUGCUAGCCCAGAGGCCAUUCAGAGGACUGAGUUAUAUGAAUAUUCAAAAGUGCUCGGAAACUCUCAGUUUAUUCUUCUACCAUUCCAGCCAUAUAAGCUCAUAUAUGCACACAUGCUUGCUGAAGUUGGAAGAGUUUCUGAUUCGUUGAAGUACUGUCAAAUAAUAUUGAAGUCCUUAAAAACUGUUAGAGCACCUGAAGUGGAAACGUGGAAGCAGCUAGUAUUGUCUCUAGAGGAGAGGAUCAGAACUCAUCAGCAGGGUGGAUACUCUGUCAAUCUGGUUUCUACUUUCAAAGGUAAAUUGCUCAACUUUAUCGAUAAUACUGCCCAUCGUGUUGUUGGGAGCCUACCACCACCUGCACCAUCCACAUCCCAAGGAAGUGUUCACGGUAAUCAUUACCAACAGCCAAUGGGUCCUAGAGUAUCUAGUAGUCAAUCAACUAUGGCAAUGUCAUCCUUAAUUCCAUCUGCUUCUAUGGAACCCAUAAGUGAUUUUGGCAAUAGAAAGCCGAUGCAUAAUAGAAGUGUUUCAGAGCCAGACUUUGGCAGAACUCAGGUUGAUUCAUCAAAGGAAAUGGCCUCGUCUGAUGGACAGGGAAAAGCCUCAGGAGGGACUUCCCGCUUUUCUCGUUUUGGUUUUGGGUCUCAGCUGUUGCAAAAGACUGUGGGCCUAGUCCUGAGACCUCGCCCUGGAAAACAGGCUAAGUUGGGUGAAACAAAUAAGUUCUACUAUGACGAAAAACUUAAGAGAUGGGUUGAGGAAGGUGCUGAACCUCCAGCUGAAGAACCUGCAUUGCCUCCUCCCCCAACAACUGCAGUCUUCCAGAAUGGUGUUUCUGAUUACAACUUAAGGUCUGCUUUAAAGAGAGAAGAGGGGUCCCCCACUAAAGGGGGCCCAGAUUUACGUACUUCAACUCCUCCAGGACCAACUUCAGGGACACCUCCCAUUCCACCCAGCUCAAAUCAAUUCUCAGCUCGUGGACGAAUGGGUAUUAGAUCCAGAUAUGUUGACACUUUCAACCAAGCUGGAGGAAUGCCAGCAAACUUGUUCCAGUCACCUUCUGUUCCAUCUACUAAGCCUGCUGUUGCUGCCAAUGCAAAGUUUUUCAUUCCCACUCCAGCGUUAUCAGGUGACCAGACUAUGGAGGCUAUUGCCGAACAUGUACAAGAAGAUGCUACAACAACUAAAGAAGAUCCUUCAACAUCAGCCAGGAAUGACUCUUUUCAUGCUCCACCUUCAUCAUCACCAAUGAGUAUGCAAAGGUUCCCAAGCAUGAGUAAUAUCCAAAGCAUGGGAGUUAUGUCAAAUGCCAAUGGUCCCCUUCCAGCUCACUCACGAAGGACGGCAUCAUGGGGUGGGAGCUCCAAUGAUAUAUUUAGCCCUCCAAAGACGGGAGAAAUAAAACCUCUAGGGGAGGCAUUAGGCAUGUCCCCUACUUUAUAUAGGCCUAGUGAGCCGCCUUCUCAAAUGCAUGCGCCAAUGAAUGGCGGCAGCAGUUUUGGUGACGAUCUUCAUGAAGUGGAACUUUGAGCCGAAGUAGUGAAGAUGUAAAUAUCAAGUUUUGCUCUAGUGAUCAAUACAAAUACUUGUGAUGUUCCUGCUCCUGCAUCUCUCAAUAGGUCAACAUGGUGGUAUGUGCCGAAAGUAAGUUCAUAGACCGGUUAUUUUCUUUCCCAAUAUUCAUACUUCCCCACCCUAACAUGUAUCUUGAAAUGUAAUUGGCGCAAUUCCUUUGCUUUUGAGCCAAUGUUUAUUUGAAUGCCGUGGGAGUUGCCACUAGUAAAGGUCUUUUCUUUGUUCUUAACCCCCAAAAAAAGAGAAAAAAGCCUGCAUGGGCAGUUGGGCACCAAUGUACAUAUCAUUUGUUCAUUUGUUUAAAAACAGAAAAUGUUUCUUGAGGUAGAUGAAAAGGGAUCCUCUUCUCAAGGGAAAAAGAUGAGUGUAUUCAAUUGAGUGAAAAAUAAGAUGCCCCGUUUUGUUCUUUUUGGA